AUGGUAGAGGAUGAGCUGGCCCUGCUGGAUAAAAACAUAAAUGAAUUUUGGAAUAAAUUCAAAGGCAAUGUCAACGACACCUCCUGUCAGAUGGUGGGUCUAAGAGAUGCCUACAAGGACAUCAAUAAAGCAUUUACAGAAAAGCUGGCUGUGAAAUUGAAGGAAGAAGAGCGAAUGGUUCAGAUGUAUCUAGAAUAUCAAAAUCAGAUCUGCAGGCAGAAUAAGCUUAUUCAGGAAAAAAAAGAUAACUUGUUAAAGUUGAUUGGUGAAGUAAAUGGCAAAAAGCAGGAUUUGGAAAUACUGACUACAACUAUCCAGGAUCUUAAGGAAGAAUAUGCUAGGAAGAAGGAAACUAUUUCCACUGCUAAAAAAAUGAGUGAAGAGAGGUUGCAAAGGUUACAGAAGUCUGUAGACAUAUUUAAAGAUCGACUUGGACUAGAAAUUCGAAAAAUUUAUGGUGAUAAAUUGCAGUUUAUAUUCACUAAUAUUGACCCUAAGAAUCCUGAUAGCCCAUAUAUGUUUUGCCUGCACCUAAAUGAAGCAAGGGACUAUGAAGUGUCAGAUAGUGCUCCUCAUCUUGAAUGCCUAGCGGAAUUUCAAGAGAAUCUAAGGAAGACCAAAAAUUUUUCAGCCUUUCUUGCCAAUGUUCGAAAAGCUUUUAGUACUAUGGUUUAUAGUUAA